AUGAUCAUCAGCGGAGAGAAGUUCGCUUGCGAUACAUGCAUUCGGGGUCAUCGCGUAGCCCAGUGCAAGCACACAGAUCGACCACUUCGACAGAUCAGCAGCAAAGGACGACCUGUAUCGCAAUGCGAUCACUGCCGCGACUUGCGAAAGACGAGUUCCGUUCACACGAGGUGUAAAUGUGCCUCCGAAGCCCUGAACCCUGCAACUGGACUCGCUCGAUGCCGAUGCUUUACCGGGGAGGGCUGUACUUGUGCACACAGCAAGAAGCAACCGACUCUGAAAGACGCACGUGAUAUCGAUCCCGUGGGUUAUGACUCACCCAUGACGGAGUCUGGCGUUGCAACGCCCAAUAUAUCAACCCAAGAUGGAGGUGCUAACACACCCCAAACACUACCUACAAGAACCCACAGACCUCUUGCGAUGAAGCCCGCACUUCCCACGCCAGAGGAGAGCGGAAAGUCUUGUUGUUCAUCAGGACCCAAGAAAUCUUGCUGUUCUUCGAAUGGCAAAGCUUCUUGUUGUUCUUUGAAUAACAAGGCUUCUUGCUGUUCUUCUGAGACAGUGGUACUUGAUACAACCUGUUGCUCCACAAGACAACCUGAGGACUCACAUCUAACCCCAGUCCAUGAUUUGCUGGCGAAUGAUGCCCAGACCAAUCUAUACAACGUCGGGCCAUCUUGGGCGUUGCCGACCGGCCUUGACUCUUCACUCGACCCUUCCAUGCUGAGUCUGCUCAGCGGCACUCACUUGAACACUGAACCAUCUGAUGGCCUUGAUUUAUUUGGCCGUUUUUCAUUAGGGCAAGAGACAGAUGCUUUGAGUCAAAUCUUCGGCUGGGAUGGCAAGCCUGUAGACUGGAGUUCAUUUGAUCUCCAGCCUACAACAAUCACAGAUGUGCCGGAAGAAGAAAAUCAGCAGCCUCACGUGUAUCCAUCCCCAUUUUAA